AUGGCCAACUUCCAUUCCCUCAGCGCGAAAGAUAUCGACGGGAACGACGUCGAUUUCGCAAAGUUCAAGGGCAAGGUGUGCCUCGUCACGAACGUCGCGUGUAAGUGAGGCGCGACCCGCAGCAACUACCAGGAGAUGUCUGCGAUGGCGAAAGAGCUCGGACCGAAAGGUCUCGAGAUCAUCUGCUUCCCGUGCAAUCAGUUCGGGAGGCAAGAGCCCGGGAGCAACGAGGAGAUAAAGAAAUUCGUCGAGGAGAAGUUCGACUUCAGCGGCCCCGGAGUGAACAUGAUGGAUAAGAUCGACGUGAACGGCGCGAACACGUCCCCGGUGUGGAAGUGGCUCAAAGAGCAACAGCCCGGGGACGUGUCGUGGAACUUCGCCGCGAAGUUCAUCAUCGACAAGGACGGGAACGUCGUCGAGAGGAACGGCUCCGGUGCGGGGGAUUCCAAAGCCAAGCUGACGUCGCUCCUGUGA